UCACCAGUAUGGAAUUGUUAUAAAGCCGGUUUGGGCUUAAUGAAUAUGGGAUGCCAGAUUCGCAAGGGCUGUUUGGAUCUUUAGAGGUCUCCAGAAGGUCUGAGAUUAAUUUUUUUCCACUGGAAUGUUAUAAAGGGUCAUGAGUCAAAGUGAUGCUCCUCGGCCUCUAAACUGGACCAUUCGAAAGCUCUGCCACGCUGCCUUUCUCCCUUCAGUCAGACUACUCAAGGCACAGAAAUCAUGGAUAGAAAGAGCAUUUCACAAAAGGGAAUGUGUGCACAUCAUACCCAGCACCAAAGACCCCCAUAGGUGUUGCUGUGGGCGUCUCAUAGGACAACAUGUUGGGUUGACUCCAAGUAUUUCCAUCACACAAAAUGAGAAGAAUGAAGGCAGGCAUCGUAAUGACAUCCAGUACGAAAAGUGGUCGAUUGGAAAACAUACUCAGCUCAGUCCCACUGAUGCUUUUGGCACAAUAGAAUUCCAAGGAGGAGGGCAUUCCAAUAAAGCCAUGUAUGUACGGUUGUCUUUCGACACAAAACCUGAUCUGGUGCUGCACCUUAUGACUAAAGAAUGGAAGCUAGAACUUCCAAAACUUCUCAUAUCUGUCCAUGGAGGUUUGCAAAAUUUUGAACUCCAGCCAAAACUGAAGCAGGUUUUUGGGAAAGGCCUCAUCAAAGCUGCUAUGACAACUGGGGCAUGGAUAUUUACUGGAGGAGUUAACACAGGUGUUAUACGACAUGUUGGAGAUGCUCUAAAGGACCAUGCAUCAAAGUCAAGAGGGAAGAUAUGCACUAUCGGUAUUGCACCUUGGGGAAUAGUAGAAAAUCAAGAAGAUCUAAUUGGGAAAGAUGUUGUUCGUCCCUAUCAAACAAUGUCCAAUCCCAUGAGUAAACUCACAGUACUCAACAGUAUGCACUCACAUUUCAUUCUUGCUGAUAAUGGGACAACUGGUAAAUAUGGUGCAGAAGUUAAACUGCGUCGGCAACUGGAAAAGCACAUUUCCCUUCAAAAAAUUAAUACAAGAAUCGGCCAAGGAGUACCUGUGGUGGCAUUAAUUGUUGAAGGGGGACCUAAUGUGAUAUCAAUUGUGUUGGAAUAUCUGCGAGACAACCCACCUGUUCCUGUUGUGGUCUGUGAUGGCAGUGGUAGAGCAUCUGAUAUUCUUGCCUUUGGUCACAAAUACUCAGAAGAAGGAGGCCUUAUCAAUGAAACCUUAAGGGACCAAUUACUAGUUACAAUUCAGAAGACUUUUACCUAUACAAGAACCCAAGCCCAGCACCUUUUUAUGAUUCUUAUGGAAUGCAUGAAGAAAAAGGAACUGAUCACUGUAUUCAGAAUGGGAUCGGAAGGCCACCAAGAUAUAGAUUUAGCAAUUCUGACUGCUCUGCUCAAAGGUGCCAAUGCCUCUGCUCCAGAUCAGCUGAGCCUUGCCUUAGCUUGGAACAGAGUGGAUAUUGCUCGUAGCCAGAUUUUCAUUUAUGGACAACAGUGGCCGGUGGGUUCCCUUGAGCAAGCAAUGCUGGAUGCUUUAGUGCUGGACAGAGUGGAUUUUGUGAAAUUGCUUAUAGAAAAUGGCGUAAGCAUGCAUCGCUUCCUCACUAUGUCCAGGCAAGAGGAACUGUACAAUACGAGACAUGGGCCUUCAAACACUUUGUAUCAUUUGGUCAGGGAUGUUAAAAAGGGAAACCUCCCUCCAGAUUACAGAAUAAGCCUGAUUGAUAUCGGACUUGUUAUUGAAUACCUGAUGGGGGGAGCAUAUCGUUGCAACUAUACCAGAAAAAGAUUUCGCACUCUUUACCACAACCUGUUUGGGCCAAAAAGGCCGAAAGCUAUGAAACUACUAGGAAUGGAGGAUGACAUCCCGAUACGAGGAGGAAGAAAGACUACAAAGAAAAGAGAGGAGGAAGUUGAUAUUGAUUUAGAUGACCCUGAAAUUAAUCACUUCCCUUUUCCCUUCCAUGAACUAAUGGUAUGGGCAGUUCUAAUGAAGCGCCAAAAGAUGGCUCUGUUCUUCUGGCAGCAUGGAGAGGAAGCCAUGGCCAAGGCCCUGGUAGCCUGCAAACUUUGCAAAGCCAUGGCACACGAAGCUUCUGAAAAUGACAUGGUCGAUGACAUUUCACAGGAGCUAAACCAUAACUCCAGGGAAUUUGGGCAGCUGGCAGUUGAGUUACUAGACCAGUCAUACAAACAGGAUGAACAGCUGGCAAUGAAACUGCUGACCUAUGAACUUAAGAACUGGAGCAAUGCCACAUGCCUGCAACUCGCAGUAGCAGCCAAGCAUCGAGACUUCAUUGCUCACACAUGCAGCCAAAUGCUUUUGACAGAUAUGUGGAUGGGCAGGCUCCGGAUGCGAAAAAAUUCUAGCCUUAAGGUAAUUCUUGGCAUUCUACUUCCUCCUUCAAUUCUCAGCUUGGAGUUUAAAAAUAAAGAUGAGAUGCCAUAUAUGUCCCAAGCCAAUGAAAUGGAUCUACAGGAGAAGGAAGUGGAAGAACCAGACAAAACAGUAAAAGAAAAAGAAGAGGAUGACAUGGAGCUCACGGCAAUGCUGGCACGAAGCAAUGGGGAUUCAUCAAGGAAAAAGGAUGAAGAAGAGCACCCACGUCAUAGAUUGAUUCCUAUUGGUAGAAAGAUCUACGAGUUUUACAAUGCUCCAAUUGUUAAAUUCUGGUUCUUCACAAUAGCCUACAUGGGUUACCUCAUGUUGUUCAACUACAUUGUUCUAGUUAAAAUGGACCGCUGGCCAUCAACGCAGGAAUGGAUUGUCAUCUCAUAUAUUUUCACUCUGGGAAUAGAAAAAAUGCGUGAGAUCUUGAUGUCCGAGCCAGGAAAGCUGUUACAAAAGUUUAAAGUAUGGCUGCAAGAAUACUGGAAUUUCGCAGACCUCGUCUCCAUCCUUCUCUUUUCUAUUGGGAUGGUACUUCGCUUGCAAGAGCAACCCUUUAGCAGCCAUGGCAGAGUGAUAUAUUGUGUGAACAUUAUCUACUGGUAUAUUCGCUUGCUUGAUAUAUUUGGUGUAAACAAAUACCUUGGACCGUAUGUUAUGAUGAUUGGAAAAAUGAUGAUAGAUAUGAUGUAUUUUGUCAUCAUCAUGUUAGUGGUUUUGAUGAGUUUCGGCGUGGCAAGGCAGGCUAUCCUUUUCCCCAGCGAGGAGCCUUCAUGGAACCUAGCAAAGAAUAUUUUUUACAUGCCCUAUUGGAUGAUAUAUGGAGAAGUUUUUGCAGACCAAAUAGACCCUCCUUGUGGAUAUAAUGAAACUGGAGAGGAUGGGAAAAUAAUCCAGCUUCCCCCCUGCAAAACAGGAGCAUGGAUUGUCCCUGCUAUCAUGGCCUGCUAUUUAUUAGUUGCCAACAUUCUUCUAGUGAACCUCCUAAUUGCAGUAUUUAACAAUACAUUCUUUGAAGUGAAGUCUAUAUCAAACCAAGUUUGGAAAUUUCAGCGCUAUCAGCUGAUCAUGACCUUUCAUGAAAGGCCAGUCUUGCCUCCUCCAUUAAUCAUUUUCAGCCAUUUUACAAUGAUAUGCAAGCAUCUGUGCUGUCGUUGGAGAAAACGUGAACUUGAUCAAGAUGAGCGAGACUAUGGACUUAAGUUAUUUAUAACAGAGGAUGAUCUGAAAAAAGUACAUGACUUUGAAGAGCAAUGCAUUGAAGAGUAUUUCAGAGAAAAGGAUGACAGGUUUAAUUCCUCCAAUGACGAAAGAAUUCGAGUAACAGCAGAAAGGGUGGAAAACAUGUCAAUGCGACUGGAGGAAGUGAAUGAGCGAGAACAUUUUAUGAAGGCAUCACUUCAGACAGUAGAUAUCCGGCUUGCACAGUUGGAAGAAAUGCUGGGAAGAAUGGCUACAGCAAUGGAACGACUCACUGGAGUUGAAAGAGGUGAAACGAAUAAAGCAAGGUCUAGAACCUCUUCAGACUGCACAGAUGCAGCAUAUAUUGUAAGACAGAGCAGUUUCAAUAGCCAAGAAGGAAAUACAUAUAAGCUCCAUGAUAUAAUAGAUCCUGUAGGAGAGGAACCAUUGUCUCCUACCUCCCCCAAUCUUACACCACGCAUGAGAAGUCAGUCUUUUUAUGCUACAAAUUUGAGAGACAAAGGUGGCAUUGACCGUUUUGAAGGUUUUUUUAAGGAAAGAACCUUAAAUCUGCACAGAGCUAUAAGCUCCCACUCAAUAUCUAAAGAUACAAAGCCCCCUCCUUCCCCUCUAAACUCUUUGUCAGUUGUGCCAGAUUCCAGGAGGCCUUCAUCUUGCAUAGACAUAUAUGUUUCAGCUAUGGAUGAGGCACAGUUUUGUCUAGACCCUGGUGAGAGCUCGAUGAAUGUAGCUUGCACUGGAGACCCAAUGGUGGAUAUAGGUUCAAUAGGACAAGGCUGCAGCUCUUCAACACACUGUGGUAGAAGUUGCAGUAGAAACCCUAGCUAUGAGGAAAGUAUCCCAAUGGAUACAUUUACAUAUCCUCAAGAAAUUGCAGGUAUUCCAAUCAGCCAAAACCCUUGGGAUACAGAUUCUCCCCUAUGUCAUACAUUAGAGCGCUCCAAAAGUAGUCGCUAUCUGGCCACAUCACCAUUUAUCUUAGAAGAAACACCUAUUGUGAAGUCCCAGACUUUUAUGUUCUCUCCUUGUCGAAGCUACUACAGCAAUCUUGGAGUACCAGUAAAGACUGCAGAAUACACAAGUAUCACAGACUGUAUAGAUACUAGAUGUGUCAGCAAUACACCACAGGCCACUGCAGAAAGAUCUACAUCUCCUGGGUUUGUACGAGAAAAGGUAGAAGACUUAAGCAGUUGUCACCCAGAGAGAGAAGCUGAGCUAAGCCAUCCAAGCUCAGACAAUGAAGACCACAAUGCAGAGCUGAAAACCAAGUGUACUCUGACCUCUUUAUCUGCCCAUGAAAGUAGCUCUUCAAGGACACUUUUCAACAAUAUAUCAUUCCCAAAAAUAGAGCGGGCAAACAGUUACUCUGCAGAGGAACCCAGUAUGACAUACUCACACACAAAGAAAAGCUACUCAAUAAGCGACAAACUAGAUAAGCAGCGUACCACUGCAAGCCUUAGAAAUCCAUUCCAAAGGAGUAAGUCUUCUAGGCCUGAAAGUCGAGGGGAUAACCUGUCCAUGAGAAGACUCUCGAAAACAGCGGCCUUCCGUAGCUUUGAAAGUAAACAUAGCUACAGUUAAAGAAAAUUAACUCUUGGUAAAGUAGGAGUAAGAGGUUAUAUCAUUAUCUGUACACACCAUAACCAACAAAAUUAAUUGAGUACAAUGUUGAGUACUGGGCCAAAGCAACUGCUGACACUGGUCACCUACUUUGCAGUAUCUGUUUCUGAUAGACCAGAUUAUAAUCCGGUGGUAUUUAUAUGCAUUAUUAUCACAAGUACAUCAAGUAUCUCAUGAGAGAUUUUCUUUGCCAUGUACAAAACAGAUACCACUCUUCAUUCAUUGAAAUCAUUAGCAAACAUAGGCAACAUGGUUUUGUAUGAGCUCCAUUCUAUGGCAGCAAUCAAGUUUUAAUGUAUUCCACAACAGUAGGUCUCAGGUCUUGAAUCCUGCUAUGCCAACAAGACAAUUAUUCAUCAUGGUGAAUGGACAAGCUAGUGACUAUGAUAUGAACACUGACUCUUCUGUAUUAUCUUCCAGUGCCACAAAAUAGUUAUUUUAUUCAACAUAAAUCUAAUUGAAACCUGAAGGGAAGACGUGUCUUUUGCAUUGCAAUACAAGAAAGAAUAUCUAUAGAAAAACAUAUCCAAAUGAACUUUCUUGUUUUUAAUGGGGAAUCUAGCACAGUGAAGUAAGCUCAGGAUGAAUGUAAUUUAAUGGUUUAUUGUUAUAUAUUUAUUUUUCUACCAUGUGUUGUCAAUGCAGUUGCCUCAGUAAACGCAUGCUUUGAGAGCAGUGACAAUAACAUGCUGAUACGCUUUGUGAGAGUGUUGUUUCAGUGUUCUCAAUAUUCUAAUUCCUACUCUGUAAUCACUGCCAGAUCAUUCUUACUCUUUUGACAGCACAUUGAGCCUAUUACAAACAUGAGUAAUUUGUGUCAUUUCAAAAUUUAUACAAAGAAGGGAUUUUAUUUAAGCACUGGUGUUGGUAUUGGCCUAAGUAAAUAUAUACCACAGACGCCCUAAGUGAUAUUGUGUUAAUAUACAAUAUGACAUGAGCAGAAACAUUUUCCAAGGGAAUUAGGCCUAAACAGUAUGAGAAAUGACGUGGGGAAACCUAUUGACGCGACUUUGGUAUAAAAACAUUACAUUCAGUCUAACACAUGCAAAGAAUGACUGACAAUCUUAUAUUCUAUUAUUUUGUGGGGUUUUUUCUGUUCAUUCAAAAUACAAUGGAAUUGUUCAACAAAACAAUCUUUGUUAUGUAUUAGUAAAAGAAAAAAUAGCAUAUAAGUAUACACUGUACUAGAAUACUUAUGGUAACAAGAAAAAGAAAUAAGCUAUUUUCAACCAUUUCUCCAUAUCCAUCCAAUUCUCAUAUUCAAGGUAGUUUGGUGAGUCACUCCUACCAAAGCCACACUGACUUCUUCCCCCAAUUUAUCAUUACAUUUUCCCGAAAAAUUCUUGUGCUGGAAAAGUCUCAAUAAGAUCAUUAAAAAAUUCAAAUCU